AUGGAUGAUGCUCCACCGCCGUCGAAGAAGAGCACCACACUCUCCGUGGACCGCGCUGCUUUCCUGCUGCUGCGUGUUAAGAAGGCAUUCAAGAAGAAACGACAGCAGCGCAAGGAAAAACAGACGCAUGCAGCAAAUGCGGCCUUGAUAUCACAAACGCACAUGGGUCGGAAAGUGCCACCCCCUCUGCUACGCUCUCGCACUUUGCCAGCUAUUAUUAUGCCCGGCAUUCCGGUUGUCUCGGUUAAUACGGACCAGCAAUUUGACGAGCGCAGUAGUGGCCUCUUGGGCACCAAGUCUGGCAGCGGCACCAGUACCGGCGGUGGUGGCACCAAUCGUUGGUCUCUACUCACCCGCCAAACACCCACCACACCUGGCUACACCACCACCAACAAUAACAAUAAUGUGGUGAAUGUAAAAUCAUUGAAUUUACCAAAAGACGACAUGGGCGUAUACCGUCGCAAAUCUUCCGGUAGCACUACCACCCAUACAAGCACUAGCAUCAGCAAUAGCGGCACACCCAUUGUUGGUUCUCAAGUAGCCGACGCGGCCCUGUUGAUGCCCACAUGCGAGGAUUUCGAAUGCCAAGCAGCGGAUGGAUCAGUUUUACUCAGGAUACCUGCACCGCACGUUGUGGCCGCGCGCGCCUACCGCUUGGCGUCAAAGAAACGCAGUACUGGUAACACCACCCACGAUAGCCAACAAAAACAACAUCACCCGCAGAGCAGCAGCAAUACAUCGAGCGCUAUGGUUACGACCGCAACUGCCAGCGGUGCUGAAGCACAGCAUCCCUCAACACCUGAUGGCGGCGAUACAGGUGGCACCACAACCAAUACAGCAUUGACACGACGUCUGGCCAAAUUGCUUCAUCAGUCGAGUAUGUCUGCCUCGAGGCUAACAGCAGCCGCUUCCCCGCAUGGUGAUAGCGCCGCUACAGCCACCAACACAAACAAUUUGCUGCCAAUUAUGCCAGCAGCUGCGUCUAGAGACGGUGGUAGCUCGGACGGCGGUGGUAGCUGUUUGGAUGAGGCACCACGUCGACUUUCGUGGGAGAGACGAAAGGACAGCAGCGCAUUACAACGUUCCGCCAGCAUUGAUUCCUUUGCCGAGAUUGUGUGGAGCGACUCACCGCGACCCUCACUCGACAUACCACGUCCCUCCGUCGUGCCCUUCAGCAAACGUCCAUCGGCCAGCAGCCUGUUCUCAAACUGCAGCGCCACAUCGCAAACAACCCAAUUGAAUAUCAAUUACGGUACCGGUGGCGAUCUGUGCAGCAGUGGUAGCAGUGCGGGUAAUAGUCGACGUGAAAGCCUCUUAAGUCCAUCGUCAACGCGCCGCAAUAAGCUGACCAGAAUUAUAAACGAAAAAUCUGGCGCUUAA